GAAACAAUAAUGAAGAUAAUGGUAGCAAUAGACGAGAGUGAUGGGAGUUUGUAUGCUCUUCAAUGGGCUCUUGAUCAUUUAUUUCUCCACCAGACCACCUCAACGCCUCCGCCGGAGGAGGCGGAGCCCUCCAUGAUCACGGUUGUUCAUGUCCAGCCUCCUUUUCAAAUGCCAUACACCGCUGUCCCUGUUGGUCCCGUUCUAUUCGCAACACCAGCGGUGAUGGAUUCUGUAAAAAAGGCGCAGGAAGAAAGUGCAGCCGAAGUCAUGUCACGUGCAACAAAAAUAUGUGAACAACAAAGGAUUAAAGCAGAGACAAUGGUGAUUAGAGGAAACCCGAAAGAGAUAAUAGUAGAAGCUGCUGAACAAAUGAAUGUUGAUCUUUUGGUGGUUGGGAGUAGAGGCCUCGGCCAAAUUAAAAGGGCGUUUUUGGGGAGUGUUAGUGAUUACUGUGUGCAUCAUGCAAAAUGUCCUGUUCUUAUAGUACGACCACCAAAGUCAUCCCACAAGUAACUCCCAUCCGUUUUGCGUGCACUUUGGUGGUGUAAUUAAGAGUCAAAGGCUCUAAUGGCUUCUAAUAUGCAGUAAUAGUACUGAUGUAUGUUUUAAAAUUGUCCGUGGUUUUAAAUUUGUAAGUGACUGUAAACAACUAAAACAGCAAUAAGUUCGGAGAUGAAGUGUUAUAUGUCAUCGUUACGUGCUCUA